GUGAACAUACGACUUGCGAGGAUAUACCCAUGUAUCAUUUAACUUGUACGUAUGUGUGUACAUAUUGUAUAAAUGUAGGAUUAUCCACUGUUGCCUGAUGCCAUUGUAUUCAUAGGUUAUGCAACAUGUAUGCAUAGAUUAUAGAUGCGGAUGUUUUCAAAUCAUGUUUUUUAGUCAGGGAUCUCUACGCUCCCCUUUUUUAACACGCGACAUGCACUACUGUAAUUUUAGAUGUUUCGAGAUUUCAAGAUAACGGAAUCGUAUCGCGUUAAUGCGUUUAUUAGUCUGCGAUAUAAUUCGCUUUUUAGAGAGGUGACACGAGGUCACUUCACGCCAUGUCGCGCGACACCAUUCCACGGCACUUCGCGCUACGUCACGCCACGCCAUACCACGCGUGCCACGAUGGUUACGGCGUCUCGUGACGUCACGAAAGCGGGAGUGAGGUUAUGUGUGCUAGCGAGAUUAUUUUUGCGUAUGCCGGCACCCGCAAUCUCAGAAGUGGCCUCUCGCUCGUUGACAACUGCGGAAGGUGGUGCGCGGUCUCGCACCGAUUAAAACGGCUUAAAAACGUGCGUUUCCGCGGGCUUCUCUCAUUAAAGCUUAGAUUUUAAAGGGGAAUCGUCCAGUGCAUCGUCAGCCGGAAGUGCAUCGGGAAGAGGGUUCAGGGAAAAGGGAAAGAAAUUCUUCGGAAUUACCUUCCACCUGCACGAUGAGCAAUCGAAGAGGACGAGCUAUCGCAAGCAUUCCCUUGGAAAGCCUAAAACGCAAUCCGGAAAACGACCAAAGUAUUAAGUGAACUCGGCCAAGGCUACAAAUAAGAUAUUUUAGAAAUCGGAUAUUCCAUCCCGCCAUGUUCAAGAAACGGAAACGUUUCCAACGAGGGACUACUCGUUCGGAUAUCCGUGAUAAGGAUUUCCUUCUUUGAGGAGGAGGAACGAUGGACGAAUUUUAUAUGACAAACAAUGCGACUCGUUCGAAAUUUCGGAAGAAUCGGACCCAGAAAAGUGGACCAGCGUGCGGAAAACUGCAUUGAGGAGGACAGUAUUUAGGAAAACAAUGCAGGAGCUCCUGUCGCGACGUUUGGAAAGGGCUUUGCAAGGCUGAUAAGACGAUUCACCUGGAAUUCCUGAUUCCGCCCACGAUACAUAGACUUGGUCAAUGCACACGUGGAAUGCAAACCCGGAUCGAGGUUGAUUCCAGCGAGCGUAAAUCUGGGGUUUCAGCGCUAAUAAUUCUGCGAUAAUUCAAUGAACGGAGACGAUAGCGGCAAUCAAGGGGGCCGAUAUUGAGCGCAUCUUUUUUUCUCUCUCUCUCUUUCGCUCGCAGAGACGCGAGGUAUCGGCGGAGAUAACGAGUGGAGAGCGUGAUAAGGACAUGCCGUGUUGCGUCGGCGAAAUGGGCGAGCGAUCGCGGACGAAUCGCACGGUUAAGAGUUACCACGCUUCGCUGGGAAAGUACCUCGGUGUGUGGUUUGAAAUUCAAAGAUCACAUGUUGUACUGUUAACUCGUGUACUCGAAGAGGACGUUGAAGAGAUCAGCGAAGGCGUAACCGGGUAAAAGUUGCGCGGGAAUUAAGGGAUUUAAGAUAUAAGAAAAAAGUAAACUCGAAUGUGCGCGGUGUUACCGUGCGUGGCCGAAGAAGACGAUGAAGAGACACGUAAAAAAAGCGCGACCGCGCGAAAGUGCUCGGGAUGAGAGAAGAGAGGAAAGAAGCGUACAGCGAGAUCUCUUGUAAUCUCGAGAAGAGAGAGGGAGAGGUCUUCUCCAAGAAGAAGGUCCUUGCGGAAGAGCAGAGAUCCUGAUGGAAGUUCCGGUCGGCCCUGGGGGCGCGUCCUGGGUCCAGCAGGGAUUCGCUUCGGAAAAAGGAAGGCCUCCCUCGGGACGCGCAUCUUUAGGCUCCAAGGGAGAGUCUGGACCUCUCCUGACCAGAUAUCGGCAGACAAGGUUUAGCACUAGGAGAGUCAGGAAGAGGGUCGUCUUCAAGCAUGGGGACUGCAACGUCGUGCAGGGAAAUGUCGCGAAGCGACGUCGUCGAUAUUUGCAGGACAUUUUCACCACUUUGGUGGACGCUCAGUGGAGGUGGACCCUGUUGGUCUUCGCGAUGAACUUCCUCCUAUCCUGGCUGGGUUUUGCCUUUAUCUGGUGGCUUAUCGUGUACAGCCAUGGAGACCUUGACCCUGAAAACUUCAACGACCCAAACGUGACUUUUACCCCGUGUGUCAGGGACAUCCACGGGUUCACAGGGUGUUUCCUAUUCUCCGUGGAAACGCAGCACACGAUCGGGUACGGCUCGAAGCACACGACGGAGGAGUGUCCCGAGGCGAUCUUCAUCAUGUGCAUCCAGUCGAUGACCGGAGUCAUUCUUCAGGCCUUCAUGGUGGGCAUCGUCUUCGCCAAAUUGUCCAGGCCGAAGAAGAGGACCCAGACCCUCCUGUUCUCCAGAAAUGCCGUGAUCUGCCAGAGAGAUGGACAGCCUUGUCUCAUGUUCCGGGUGGGAGACAUGAGGAAGAGCCACAUCAUCGAGGCUCACGUCAGGGCGCAGAUGAUCAAGAGGAAGGUGACCAGGGAAGGAGAACUGCUGCCCUUCUUCCAGACCGAACUUAAGGUCGGCGGCGAUGGGGAGGAGGACAAGAUUUUGUUCAUCUGGCCCACCACUAUUGUUCACAAAAUCGAUGAACAAUCGCCACUUUAUCAUCUCUCAGCCAGCGACAUGCUUCGCGAGAGGUUCGAAAUCGUCGUGAUCCUGGAAGGAGUGAUCGAGUCUACCGGGAUGACAACUCAGGCGAGGAGCUCUUAUCUACCUUCUGAAAUCCUUUGGGGUCAUAGGUUUGAGAACAUCAUCACGUUUCGUAAAGAAACCGGCGAGUACGAAGUCAAUUACACUCUUUUCAACAAUACUUACGAGGUCGACACGCCGCUUUGCUCGGCAGCGAAGCUGGCAGAGUUUCGAGCCGAACACAGAAUAAAAGAUCGCACGAGCUCGGCGCUUUUCCGGGCGUUCCGCGACGAUUCCAGCAGCUCGAUGACCGGAAGUUCGGGGUCCAGCAUCGCGUCUUCCAUGGGAGGAUUGCACAUGCAAUCGACGAUACCACCGACGCCCAUUCCCGUGAUGAUUACCGGUCCCGAUGACUCUCCAAGACGUGGCAGCAUAAAUGCCCCGACCGACGAGAGGCUCGCCACGUUCUACACCCUGGACGAGACGACGGAGCCUGGGGAAGCCGCAGUCACGAGCUUCACCGUAGGAGAUCCGAGUAACCAGGAGGACUACAACAAGGUCCUCGAGGACAUUAACGCGAGUUUCAGGAAGAACCGGAAGCCGAACAUUCCAGGGAAGGAGGAGAGGAGGCUUCACAGAGAAGGUUCUAGGGUUACCUUGGAGUCCAGGAGGAACGACUCCAGGUCGACCCUGGAGGGCCUGAAGAGGUCCUCGUCGAGGAUAACCCCGGAUGGCCAAGGCCACGCCAUGGGGAGGUCGCCUUCGAGGUCGACGUUGGACUCCAGGCACACGAGGUUCGCCGAUUCUCCAGACCGGACUCGCCGUUCUCCAGCUCCUCCAGGUUUGCAGAGGACCGGCACGUUGGAGAACCAGAGACUCAAGCCUGAGGAACACAAAAGGACGGACACCGUGCUGGAACAGGAUGAGAAAGAGGGGACGAACCAGAGUCAGGACCCCGAAGAGGUUUCGAUGUCACCUCCACCUAUCGGCCGGGAAGUCAGUCCGAAAAGGCACGACCAUCGGGCCCAUCCUCAUGCCCAUUCCCAUCAUGCCCAUCGCCAUCCUCCGCAACGUCAGAAUGCGACAUUACGGGAAGAGGUCUAGAUUCGAGGCUCGGCCGAAAGGAGCAGAGAGUGCGGCGAGAAAGCGAGAUGUCCGAGAAAGCGAUCCCCGAAGCGGCCUCGAGGACGAAGACGCGGAAUUCCUGGAGAACCUCUCGAAUC